UAUGGAUUGAAUCCCAAAUUGAAAGACUAGCACGUUGAUAAGAGGCUCGUACCAAAUGAGAUCUUAUAUUAGCUUGGUUUCUAAUCAAAUGAACAGAAAAUAUCGUUACAACCACAAAGAAUAUACUUAAAAUGCUCAAUAAGCUUACCCAAAUCGGAACGAUCCACGCCUAAAGAGUACAAAGCAUAAACAACAAUUAAAUCUCACAAUUUGUUUCACUUUUCUCAUUUUGGUGGUCUUCUAUAUCUAUCUACCCAUGCCCCUAUCGUAGUCAUGUUUUGAAUGGGUUUUAUCAUAUAGAUUCCAUGCGUAUUCAGCCUCAGCCAUGUUAUUCACAUAACAUCUUUUAAUGGUUCAUAGUAAAAUUUUUUUUUUAUUUAAAAGAAGGUGUACAAAUCAAAAAUAAUUCUAACAAUAAGCCAAAACAGUACUUGUCUGCUAACCCUGAUACUCUUGUCAUUUUAGUGUAAGCUCAAGGUCUUUUUAAGUUCACAUUUUUUGCUUGGUACUAUCUGCGUAAUUAUUGAAACAAUGAUCUUUCUCUACUAUAUAUAUCCUUCAAGUAGCUAAUAUAAGCUAUCUCUCAACAACCCAUUCCCUUUCUUUCUUUCUCCCAAAACUAUCAGACAAAAAACUAUGUACAGAGAGAUUUACGUAACUCAUAACUAUAACUCAUAUUUCUUGAAUCUUGAAGACAUUUUCAAAUCUAAAACCAUAUAAUCCCUGGCUUUUCAAUCCAUCCACUAAUAAUCUUCGACACUUGUCAAACAAUAAACAACUCAAAGCUCCCUUCCUCUCUUUCCCAUCAUCUAAAUUGCUUUUUAGAAUUUCAGAUACCUUCUAUUCACGUUAAACCCUAAUAGAGUUAGUCAUGAAAGCUGAACUAAGAGCAAACACUACUACGUCGAUUCCUCUUCAAAAACCUAAUCUUUUAAGAAACCCACAAAAUCCCCUUUCUGGUGCACUUAAAGGCUGUCUUGGAAAUCUCGAUGGAGCUUGUAUAGAGAAGCUUCUACUGCACUGUGCUAGUGCCCUAGAAAGCAAUGACGGCACUUUAGCUCAACAAGUGAUGUGGGUUCUUAAUAAUGUUGCUUCUUUAGUUGGUGACCCUAAUCAAAGGCUUACUUCUUAUUUCUUAAGGGCACUUAUUUCUAGGGCAUCUAAGAUUUGCCCUACACCAACAAAUUUUGAUGGUAGUAGUGCAGUCCAAAGGAGGCAAAUGAGUGUUAUUGAACUUGCCGGGUACGUUGAUUUAAUCCCUUGGCAUAGAUUUGGGUUUUGUGCAUCCAAUAAUGCAAUUUUUAAAGCAAUUGAAGGUCAUCCUAAAGUUCAUAUUUUAGAUUUUAGCAUUACUUAUUGUAUGCAAUGGCCUACUCUUAUAGAUGCUUUGGCUAAAAGACCAGAAGGGCCUCCUUCACUUAGAAUUACUGUACCCUCUUGUAGACCACCAGUCCCUCCUUUGCUCAAUGUAUCAACUGAAGAAGUUGGCCUCCGUUUAAGCAAUUUUGCAAAAUUUAAAGAGGUUCCAUUUGAAUUCAAAGUGAUAGGCGAUGAGAUCUCGUGCAAAGAAUCUUCUACCUUCGAUUUUGAGUCACUAUUAACUCAUUUGACUCCUUUACUGAAUCUUCGAGACGAUGAGGCCUUAGUAAUAAACUGCCAAAACUGGCUUCGUUAUUUGUCUGAUGAGCCUAAUGGAAAAGUUGAAGAUGCUUCUUCUCUUAGAGACGCUUUUCUUCGUACUGUAAAAGACCUCAAUCCUUGUAUUGUUGUAGCGGUUGAUGAAGAUUCCGAUUUGAGCGAAUCAAAUCUUACUUCAAGAAUUACUACUUGCUUUAAUUAUUUAUGGAUACCGUUUGAUGCGUUGGAAACUUUCUUGCCUAAAGAUAGCAAUCAAAGGAUUGAAUAUGAAUCCGAUAUUGGUCAUAAAAUAGAAAAUAUUAUUAGUUAUGAAGGGUUACAAAGGAUCGAGAGAUUAGAAUCUGGGGUUAAACUAUCACAAAGAAUGAAGAAUAAUGGAUUCUUUAGUGUUCCAUUUUGUGAAGAGACUAUUAGAGAAGUAAAGUAUUUGCUAGAUGAGCAUGCAAGUGGUUGGGGCAUGAAAAGAGAAGAAGAUAUUUUAGUGCUAACAUGGAAAGGUCACAACUCAGUUUUUGCAACAGUUUGGGUUCCGUACGGUUGCUUAGAGGAUUAAAUGGGUGUGGACUUAAGUGGCUGGUUUGGUCCUCCAAUGAGAUGGGAUUGGAUAGGUUUUACUUUAUUAAUGGUCCUAUAUUGGCGAGCCAAUAUUGACAAAACAUAAAAUGGUGUCUUUUCUAAUUUUUUUGUAGUUUCCUGUUAGUUUCCUCUUUGUCAAAAAGGCUGCAAAUGGGCAUGCACAAGACAAGAAGGGGAAAUGUGGCAACAAUUUGUAUUUUGUUCAUUAGCUAGCUAUUAUCACAUGGAAGGCAAAGAGGGAAAACGUAUAUAUUGUCUUCGUAUGAGACAAAACUUAAUCCUUUAUCACUUUGCUUUCCCUCUUCUACUUU